AUGUUAAAAAAUUAGGGUUUGAUUGAAAGUCUCGGAGCAUAUAAAUUGCCAAAUUGUACUUAAGAAGCUCAUCAUGGGGAUCAUUAAUUGAGUGAGUUUUGCAUGGAGGAUGGCUGCUCAACUUAGCUUGUUCCCGUUUGUGCGUUUUGCAAAUUCAUCAAUCAUAAGAAAAAUAAACAUGAUAUUAAGCCUGUAAAACUUAUUUUUGGAGAACUAAUUAAGGAUUUGGAAGAGAAAUAGUUAGAUUUCGAAAAGUAGAAUUCUGGAGAAGAUGAAAUCGAAAAAGAUUUGAAGAACAUUGCUAAUGAAUUAGCCGCUACAGUAGAAAAAUGCAAUUAAAUGAUUGAACACAUUAAUCUCAACUUAGAAAAAUAUCGUGCUCUUGUUCGCAAAGAACCUUAUGAACGUAUUGCCAUCAGAAAGCUACUUAGAGAAGUCUUUAAGAGCAACGAAAGUGAAGUUAUUCUCAGAAAGAAUGUUGAUGAACUUAGAUAAUACACCAGAGUUGAUGAAGAUGGUUUGUUGAAAGUAAACGAUGCCGUUUCCUUAACAGCUUUAAGAGAUGGUCAAUAAAAGACUUAGCUUUUCAUAAAAAAUAUGUAAGCUCCCUUGAAGACUCUAGAUGAAGUGAGAAGCUACCUUGACAUUAGCAUGUAGCAAUUUUUCCUUGAGUAUGAUUCAGAGGAUAUCGUUAGCGACAAAGGAGAUUAUACUCCUCAAUAGUAGUUUGAGUAUUCAAAGAGCUUUAGUAAGAAUCAAAUGCAAUAAAGAUUGCAAAAGAAAGAAGAAAGAAAGAAAGAACUCGAAAAGCAAAGAGAUGUAAAUACAAUUUAAUGA